AUGGGGGAAAACUUAUACAAAAACACUGCAAAAAAUCAUACAUUUGUCAAAUUCCUGACUUUGUGUCAUGUUGACUCUUAUACUGAUGAUUUUAUGAUGGAUAAUACAAAUGUUCAUGAAAACGAAGGUGACGUAGAAUUCUUAUGUCCACAUGGUCCACCUGAAUGUAAAGGCAUGUUAGUUCAUGCUUGUGCAAUAAAUACUGUUCCACAAGAUCUUGUUUUACAAUAUGUGUUCUGCAUGAUAAUGGACAACUGGAAUGGUCUUGUGAUUGGUGAAAAGUGUGCAAAGAAGCUAGAAAUAGACUGGCACAGUGUACUGGGAUGCGUGAAUAGCAACAAAUCUACAAUGUAUUUGCUUCACUAUAAAGAGCUAACAAUGAGCCUAAACCCUCCCCUGACUCAAGUACCUAGAGUGGUUAUAAACGGGAACAAUGCCCAUGGUCCCACAACUAUAAGUGACUACAUAGCACAAGUAAUGCCAACAGUUAAUGAGUUUCUAAGUGAACAUAAAUAUAUGCAGACCAUAGGAGGCUGGCUAAGCCUGAACCACCAUAUCAUGCAUGCAAAAGACUUGGUUUGGUUUAAUCUUGUCAUCUCCAACAACAUCAGCUACAGAGGCAGAAAUCUACGUUAG